AUGCUUUUUGGCAAGAUUCAGCCAUAUAUUAUAUCGGGGAAUAUUGGAGGUUACACUGCAGUAGAACCCAGAAAAAUGCUAUUGAUAUUCGUUUGGUAUAUGGCUACGCAGGAGUCGAUGAGAGAGAUUGCUCAUUUAUUUGGUAUCUCCAUAUCAACCACACACUUGAUAAUUAUGAAGGUUUUGGACUCUUUAGAAGAGAUGAUAACUACAGACAGUCCAUCAGAUGGUGUUAUAGGCUUCAUAGAUGGUACUCAUAUCAGAUUAAACCAUCGGUUUAACAAAGAUCAGGACUAUAUUUGCAGAAAGAAAUUUCCUUCAAUACAACUACAGUUGGUUGUUGAUCCCAAUAUGAGAAUCAUAAAUGUGAACACAGGCUGGCCCGGCUGUGUAAAUGAUGGCAGAGUGCUUGUCAACAGUGGUAUUUAUCAAAAGGCCGAACGGGGUGAAUUAUUUGGACACGAGAAAUACAUCAUAGGUGAUUCGGCGUAUCCUGUUAAACACUGGCAUACCUGUUACAAGGAUAAUUGUAGAUUAAGUGAAAGACAAAAACGAUUUAAUAAGUGUGCAGCCUCUAUGAGGCGGCUGGUGGAACGUACCAUUGGACAUUUAAAGGGCCGGUUCAGGCGUCUUAGAUGCCUUCAUGUUUACAACAAUGAAACUGCAGUAAAGAUAAUUGCUGCAGCCUGUGUCCUGCAUAAUAUUUGUAUUUCUACAAAUGAUCGACUGGACGAUUUCAUCGAAAAUUAUAAUAAACAAAGACCACAGAAUCAAAUUGUUCCAAAUGAUGAAGAUGGUGUUGCAUUCCGGAAUAGACUUGUUGAACUGUUUGCUUAA